AUGGACUUCGAGAACAUGUUCGAUAUAUACAGUGCCCCCGAGGGUCCUGAAGCUCCCUCGAGUAAGAAGAAAACAAGCAAGAGGCAUCCCGAGGAAAGAAGUAAAACGCCUCAGGCCAAGAAAGCCCGCACUGCAAGCCCCCCGGUAGACGGAUCCUCAGCCAAUGUAACACCACCUCCUUCUCCUCACAAGCAACAAACUCCUCCUGCUCCUGUUGGGUCGACACCGUCUCCACUGGCCCCAACCGACCAGACUCAGCAGGCUGCUCCUACUUCCACGAGGGGCGACAUAUCGAGUCGUGCCUUAAGAUUGGUCAAAGACAAGGUGGCUAAGAUUUUGAAGCAUGAACGAUGCCGAGAGGCAAUGGCUGGGACGGAGAUGAUGGAUGUCGACCAAAUCUUAAAUUGCGCAUUGAAUGAGUUUGCCAGUGAAAUGUUGACCCUUACUGCCGGCCGGCUCCGAUCGGGUGUUAUUAUCGAGCAUUCCAAGUCCUUGGAGCAACGGCACGCUGACGAAUUCAAAGCUGCCGAGGAACAAUACGCUGAACAACUUGAGGCGAUGCUCGAGGAGAAGAAUAAACUAGAUGAGGAGCUAAUGAAAAAGCAGACUGCUCUGGAUAAGGCCAUCGAGCAAAGAGACCAGUUCAAGGAGUCUAACCGCAUCAACUACCACAAGGCUAAAAAGCUCGAGCAAGAAUUGAUUGCGAGUAGACAAUAG